CUGUGUUCUAGACUCUACGGGCCCAGGGCUGUUUCCGGUUCCGGGCUUUCCCCUCCCCCACGUGGAGCCGUGCCCUGACUGAGCCCGGAGCGGCCGGGUGCGGCGAUGCGGCCCCUCACGCAGGAGGAGACCCGGGCCCUGUUCGAGAAGCUCGCGAAAUACAUCGGGGAGAACAUCCAGCUGCUGGUGGACCGGCCCGACGGCUCCUACUGUUUCCGCCUGCACAAGGACCGCGUUUACUACGUCAGUGAGAGAAUCUUGAAGGUGGCGACCAGUAUCCCUGGGGACAAGCUGGUGGCACUGGGCACCUGCUUUGGGAAGUUCACCAAGACCGGGAAGUUCCGGCUCCACGUCACUGCCCUGGAUUACCUUGCUCCCUAUGCCAAGUAUAAAGUGUGGGUGAAACCUGGAGCAGAACAGUCCUUCCUUUAUGGGAACCAUGUGCUGAAAUCUGGCCUAGGCCGCAUCACCGAGAACACAGCUCAGUACCAGGGUGUGGUGGUGUAUUCCAUGGCUGAUGUUCCUCUGGGUUUUGGAGUAGCGGCGAAGUCUACCCAGGACUGCCGGAAAGUGGACCCCAUGGCAAUCGUAGUGUUUCAUCAGGCUGAUGUUGGGGAGUACGUGCGGCAUGAGGAGACACUUACUUAAAGGGCUGCCAGCUUCACAUGGCAAGAAUGGAGCAUGUUAUGAAAUCAGAACUCGCAGCAGCAGCAGGGAGCUCUCCUGGAGUGGGGCUCUGCAGGCUGCUGUGGAGGAUUACAGACCAGUUUACCUGUGACUUAGUCAUAACUAUUGUGAGCUCUGAGGAGUGCCUGUCCCAGCCUGAAGAGGAGACAGGGAUUAUAUAAAACUUAUUUUCUAUCUAAUAAAAACCAUGUUGGUGUGGCCUUGUGAAAGAACUCAGCUACCUGCUCCUAAGCCCUGCCCAGGAAUGGCUCUUACGCUCUCAGACUAAAGGCAGUUCUCAGUAGUAGCUGCUGAGGGUGGUAGAUCACCUUAAUGCAGCCACCUACUCCCUCCAUGGGUGCUAGGGCAACCUGGAAGUUCUGUGUAGCAGGAGACUGAGGUGAACACAGCUGUUUCAGUUAACAGGAACAAAGUGAUUCCUCCCCUCCCCUCCCCCAGGGUUGUUUCUGCCUUUUUCCCCAACAGAGACCCAAGUGGAGCAGGAGCUGACAGGGUUGUGCCACUGGAGGACAUGACCACACAACCAGGGCUAAUCAGAAGCAGUGUAGGUAGGUGGGUGCUGUAGCAGUGGCUUCCA